UAAGUGUUAAAUAGUCGGGGGGGGGGGCUCAGAGAAGACGCAAGGCGGGCGUUAAGUGUGAGAUAGUCGGGGGGCUCCGAGGAGACACAAGGCGGGUGUUAGUGUGAGUUAGUCGCGGGCUCCGAGGAGACACAAGGCGGGCAAAGCACGGCGAGCAAGCGGCGCUGGUGCCUCCUCCUCCGCCUGCCCGGGCUCCCCUUUAUCCCCCCUCCUCCCCGUCGCCCAACGCUCCACUUUGAAGACAACCGGCAACCAGGUGCACGACCGCCGCCGCCGCCGUUUUCGAGAUCCUAGCGGCCGCCGUCCAGCUCCCGGGGUCUCCUGAGAUGGGGAGCGAGCCUCCUGCCUUGGUCGGCCCGCAGCAGGACGAGGAGAGAAUGUGAUUAAAAACAACAAGGAGGAGGAAAAUGCCCAGGAGGAAGCAGGAGCAACCCAAGCGUCUGCCUGCACAUUUGGACAGCAAUGACGAAGGAGGGCCUGACAGCGGCGCUGUGGAGGAGGAAGGCUGGUUUGGGAAUGCUUCCGACACGCGCUCAGAGUCUUCAUCCUACGGCGACACCCAGGACGAGCUCUUCCUGCAGAGAGGGUCGUCCCCCGACGGAGUCAGCCAUGACGACUGCGGAGGCGAGAGUUCCACUCCGGUCAACCGUGCCUCCUUGGAGCUGCUCGGACUGGCCGGAGGCGCCUUCUCUCCUCAGGACACGGUCUCGUCCGUGGUGUCGUCGCUGUACGGCGAGGCGGCGUCCCGCGCUCUGGGGAAACCGCUCAGCAGCAACCUGCGGCGCCUACUGGAGGCCGGGUCGCUGAAACUGGACACGGGGGACCUUCUGGGUCGGUCGUCCAGGGGUGUCGCAGGUGGCGACUCCCCUCCGAUAGGGCUUGCGUCGCCCUUGCCUCUGUCCCCGUCUUCCCACCACUCUCAGCAGUUAAGUGCUCUUGCUCGUAAAUUGGCCAACAACAACAGCGGCGCGGCCUCGCCAGCCCCGUCGGCGCCCUCAGUCAGCAACAUUAAACAAGAGCCGCUUGACCACUUUAACUCUGUCACCCCAAGCAACGGCGGUGGCUUCGUAUGGGCGGGCGUUGCAGACAAGUGGCCCUGCGGUUCCAGCCUGUCCCCUGACUCAGCCAUACAGAAGUUAAAAGCGGCGGCGAACGCGGUACUUCAAGACAAGAACGCCGUGUCCUCCUCCGCCACCACCACGUCCUCCACCUCCGCCUUGUCCGCGGUGUCGGCCCUGGGAGGAGCGGCCGGGGCAGGCGGCCGAGGAGACGACGUGGUGCGCUUCGAUGCCUUCAACUCUCCGUUCAGCCCGCAGUCGGCCAGCUCCACCUUAGCAGCGCUUUCCAAGAAAGUCAGCGAGCGGAGCCACGCCUCGUCCACGUCCGCCGCGCCCGCCGACCACCAGAACUCGGCGAGCUCCUUCCUCUCGCUCGUGUCGAUGACCUCCUCCGCUGCCUUGCUCAAAGAGGUGGCAGCCCGGGCGGCGGGGAACAUGCUGGCCGAGAAGAAGGAGGGGUCCCCGCUGGCGGCCUCCGUGGUCCUCCAAGAGGACAUAAAGCCCAUUCUGGACAAGAACCAGAAGGCCAGCACACCAACCACGCCCACCCACGGCCUGGAGUUAUUGUUGCCCUCCACGCCGAAAGGAAAAGGCAAGCCCAACAGUCAAGCAGGCUCCCCGGAGGACGGUGGCAAGCCCUUCCAGUGUCCCGUCUGCGGCCUGGUCAUCAAGCGCAAGAGCUACUGGAAGAGACACAUGGUCAUCCACACCGGCUUGAAAAGCCAUCAGUGUCCCCUGUGUCCCUUUCGCUGCGCUCGCAAAGACAAUCUCAAGUCCCACAUGAAGGUACAUCAGCACCAAGACCGGGGCGAGACGUUUCAGUGCGAACUCUGCCCCUUUACCUCCUCCCGCCACUUCAGCCUGAAGCUUCACAUGCGCUGCCACCAGCACUUUCCCCGCACUGACAUCAAGGUGAAAGAGGAGCUCACUACCGACACGGAGGGCGAGGGCGACAGCGUCUCCAUGGACACCAGGGGGACCCAGGUGUCCCCGCAGCACGCCGACAUCCGGCAACAGUCGUCUCCGCCGAGCGAGGCCUCGUCCAAUCACGUCCACAUCAAGGAGGAGCCGCUGGAGAGAGACCUGUCGGUGCUCUCGCCCUUCAGCAUCUGCAGAGAGCGUCCUGGCAGCAGCGCAAACUCCUUGGAUCUGCCCGGCGUGGGCGGCGGGGUCCGGUCGAGCCCGAGUGGUCCAACCACAGCCUCCCUUUUCAGCCCAGACAUCACCACCAAGACAGCCACUGACCUGCUCAUGAAACUAUCGGCGGCCAACCAGAGGGAAGCACUUAAGUCUCCGUUCCACUUUAAAGAAGAACCCAAAAUGGAGGACGCUUUGAGUCCCAGACCGGCCUCCCAGUGUCAUAUCCAGUCCGGCUUCCUUGGGACCUUCUGCCAGGACGGGCUCGCCGGUGUCCCGGCAGCCUCUGAGCGCCCGAGGUCGCUCAAACCCAGCGACGGAAGUCCCUCGGCUAAGAAGAGCUUGCUGAGCCAGGACAUCAAUGUUAAAGUGGCUUCUGAGUUGCUGAUGAAGCUUUCAGAGAACAACAAAGAUGCCCACUUCCAGAAGGUGAAGGUAAAAGCAGAGCCCAUGGAGGUGGACCCGGCCCCCGCAGAUCUCCCCUCGCCUGCUUCUCACCUGCUGGCCUUCAGCACUUUAGGGGCGAGCGAGAAGACCGAGCCUAUGCCGGAGCCGCUGGCCCGCCCUCAGAAAGACCUCUUCUCCCAAGACAUCUCGGUCAAAAUGGCCUCCGAACUCCUCUUCAAAUUGUCAGAAAAAGUGAGCAAAGCCAACAACCAUAAAGACGGCAACAUGGUGGGAAUUCACAGUCCGUUCCUGGAUGAGUGCUUUAGACAAUCACCCUUCAACCCGCGCUCCAAAAGCUCUUCCCCCGCAGAGGCCAGCUCCUCCACCAGGGCAGCUUUCCACGACCCUGACAAGGAUGACGGAGAGCCGGGAAACGGGAUCGCCCAGUGGAGACUAAACGAGCAGCUCUACCCGUGUCCCAUCUGUGGGAAAGUGUUCGGUAGACAACAGACGCUUUCGCGACACCUGUCCCUGCACACAGAAGAGAGGAAGUACAAGUGUCACCUGUGUCCGUACGCCGCCAAGUGCAGAGCCAACCUCAAUCAGCACCUGACCAUCCACUCUGUCAAGCUGGUCAGCACGGACGCCGAGCACAUGGUCAGCGCCGUCGCCGCCGCUGACGCCGCAGAGCGCAAAAACUGCGCCUACUACUACAGUUGCAGAAUAUCAAAGGACGAGCUGGGAGACAACAGCGAGAUUGAUGGGAAAAGCCCGGGCUACUCCCAGAAGAGCCGGGACGACUCCUUCCAAUCCCUCCAUUUCCAGCUCCGCACGAGCGGACACAGGAAGUCCUUCCGAGGGCGACCUCUUGUCCGUACAUCUCCUCUGCAGAUAUCAGUAUCGCUGUCCGCCGUCUCGCGCGCUGUCGGCUCGUGUUGGGGCUCCUCCGGUAUAAAACAGCAGCCAAUUGUCAGAGGGAGAGCAGGCUGGCGUGACAGAGGUGGAAAGCUAAUGAAGUUAUUUGACGGCAGCCCUGGCCACGGAGCGAGAGCGUCGUCAAACCACCACGAGCUGGAAGUGGCUCACGCAGAUGAGAUGGCCAGUCACCCAGAGACAACCCCCCACCACCACCACCACCACCACCCCCGUCUGCUUCUCGGCUCCGUGCUUGCUCCUCGCAAGAUGAUGUGCGAGAAAGUGGACACUCGUCUCCAUGUUGUGGCAAUAUACCAACCCCACAACCCCGCGCCUUCCUCCCCGUUGAACUACACCCCCGGCCUGCCCGCCAUGGUGUGGCACUGUGGCAUCAAAGGAUGCUGCAUAGCUGGUCAAAACACUAAGCCCUCUACCCCUUCUACCAUUAAUCAGCCGGAGUCGGCACAGAUGGAUGGUGUGGGCAGGAGGCGGGUGGCCUAUGGUGGUUAG